AUGGCCUCAUCUCCUGAGCACGAUUUCGUUUCGAAAUUCCUUACUUUAGCAACUAUUUCGGAUCCAGCUUUGCCAGCUGACUAUAAGAAGCCCUUACAACAAGUUACAAACUUAGGUGUUGCACUACCUCCCCUCAGGUACAAGUACGAUCCAAACAGGGCAAGAAAAGCUUCUGGAAAUGACAAGAAGGACUCACCUAUUAAACUUACGCUAAAGAGCGUCAGGCCUCCAAAAUUUUCUGUAGAAUGCCAGUUCGCUCGUAAUAACACGGUCUCUCAGGUUAAGCAGAAGCUGAUCGAAGAUGGGAAAGUCCAAAGUGUUGAGCAACUGAAGCUGCUACUUAAGGGUAAAGUGCUACAUGACAGUGAACUUUUGUCCGGUCUGAUUGAAGAUAAGGCAACCAUCAAUGUAUUGAUCUCUAAAGCUGCCUCAUCAGCCGAGGCUACUCCGCCAUUGGAUUCAAGCCCUGAUCCUGUUACUAUACAGGUUCCUUGGCAUGAAAUAGAAAGUACCCUUCGUAUGAGUUUUGUCGAUCCUGCGCAAGUCGCCAAGACUCUUGAUAGAUUGAAAAGAGGUUGGGAGUUGACGGAGUGA